CGCGCGGGCGGCGCUCUGGCGCGGGCGGCUCUAUGGUGGCGGCCUUUGGCGCGGCGGCGCUUCCGGCGGGCGCGGGGGCCUGUGGGGGAUCGCCGCGCGCCACUUCUGCCCGCCGGUGCUGAGGGAGCGGAGCCGCCAUGUCUCACACAAUUCUACUUGUCCAGCCUACCAAGAGGCCAGAAGGCAGAACAUAUGCUGACUAUGAAUCGGUGAAUGAGUGCAUGGAAGGAGUCUGUAAAAUGUAUGAAGAGCAUCUGAAGAGAAUGAAUCCCAACAGUCCAUCCAUAACGUACGAUAUCAGCCAAUUGUUUGACUUCAUUGAUGACCUGGCAGACCUCAGCUGUCUUGUUUACCGUGCUGAUACUCAGACAUACCAACCAUACAACAAAGACUGGAUAAAGGAGAAGAUCUACGUCCUCCUCCGCAGGCAGGCCCAGCAAGCAAGCAAAUAAUGAGGGCAGCCUCGCUACGUGGGUUUGGGGAGGGUUUGGAACAACAGGUGUGUACAGAGUGUAGUAGUGAACGUUUUGUAUUACAGUCAUCCUGUUGCCAUCUUGAUAAACUUGUUAGCCAGGACUGAUUGUCUUUUUAGAGAUACGAGGAUUUUGUUGGAUUCGACUUUUUUUCAGUGAAAAUGGAGAAGAACGUACAUCUUCAGCAGAGUUCUGGGUUUUUUUCCUCCAGUUUGCUAAUGGUCCUACCUUAUUUGAACCCCUGGGGCUGUUCACAUUGUACUUCACCACAUUUGCUGUAUGUGCCCUUCUGUGGGUUCUUAACAUUCAUUUAUGUCCUCGAGAUGUCUUAAUGGGAAAUAAAAAACGACCCUUUAGUUAAA